AUUUUGCUCUCAACAGUAACAUUUCUUAAAUAAUUUUAUUAAUAAAUUAUUGCCUAAAUGCCUACUGAAUCCAUAUGAAUUGUACAUAAAAGAUUGCAACUUGUCACUGCAGUCCAACUGAAGUAAGUCAAAACUUUGCCACAAACAUUAAACAAUUGCUUCGCACCAACAAAUCAUCUUAUGGGAGGAAGUUGUGAUUAAACCAAAAAAUUUCAAGAAUCCAUAACUCUUGAACCCUUUCAUCAUCAUUAUUUUGGAAAGAAAGGGGGGGAAAUGGUUUUCAAGAAGAAUUACCUUGAUUUGAUAUUGGUACCUAGUGGCUUGCCGAUCAUGUUUGCAUACCACCUCUUCCUUCUAUACAGAUAUCUUAAUCUCCCUCACACCACAGUCAUGGGGUUCGAAAAUAAUGACAAAAGAGCUUGGGUUGAGAGAAUUAUGCAGGCAGACAAAAGAGAUGUUAGUAUUGCUCUAACUGUUAUAGCUUCCAAUACAACAGCAGCAACUUUCCUAGCAACAAUCUCCUUAACUCUCAGCUCUCUUAUUGGAGCAUGGCUAGGGAACCCCUCCAAUAACAUCUUCCAAAGCGAAUUAGUCUAUGGAGACACUAGACCAUCCACCAUUUCCAUCAAGUACUUAUGCCUCCUCACUUGCUUUCUCCUAGCUUUUUCAUGCUUUGUUCAGUCUGCAAGGCACUUUGUGCAUGCUAACUAUCUCAUAAGCACACCAGACAGUGACAUACCUGUGAAAAAUGUGGAGGUAGCAAUCAUAAGAGGAGGUGAUUUUUGGUCACUUGGACUUAGAGCACUGUAUUUUGCUCUUGAUUUGCUACUCUGGUUUUUUGGUCCUAUACCUAUGUUUGUUUCCUCUGUUAUUAUGGUCAUCGUCCUCCGUUACCUUGACACCAAUUCCACUCCGUUGCACCGGUAUCGGCCGCCGGAGAGCCAGAUGGUCAAAAGGGUUGGUGAUAGAUUAUCUGAGGCAGCUGUUGACAUUGAAGAACUUCUUGUUAGGUAAGAGUUCAAGACAAAUAAUUUUAACAUGGUUCUAUUGAUCUCUGAACCAAUUAAAUUCUCUGCUAGCCAAUUCAUGGGUAUUAUGCAGUAAAUUUUAGGUAAAAAGAAACGUUACAAUUUGUAAGCAUGGGAUUCAAUUCAAGGCUAUUGCCACAG